AUGUACACAGUACGCCGAGGAACCGUUUCUCGUGGGCUCCUGAGACAUGCUGUCGCUCUCGUCGUGGUCCUUGCGCUGACGCAACAGCAACAUGCGUGCGCCGGCGGCGUACAAAUGGAGAAGGUGCAACUGAAGGACAGCGACGCCCGGACAUAUCCCAGCAGCUGUGCGGAUGGCACCCCGUACACCUUCUUCGUGGAGCGACGCGACAACUCAAGCAUCUGGAUCCUGUUCCUGCAGGGAGGCGCCCUGUCCCGCUCGAUCGACGAGGCACGCACGCGCUUCAGCAGUAGCCCCCGUCUCAUGUCCUCAAAGGAGUCCCCGACCGCGUACGAGGCUUGGGAUCUUGGUGGCCUCUUCUCCCAUGACGCGGCCUUGAACCCCGCCUUUCACGACGCCAACAAAGUGUACCUGCCCUACUGCUCGCAAGACCUGUUUCUCGGUGCACGGGCAGACGACAUUCCCGUUGAACCAUCAAGCGGCGGUGAUGGCGAUACAGCGACUCAAAGCUCGAGGAAGUUGGCUGCAUUGCGGUUUCGGGGCGCUCUUAACAUCAUGGCCGCGCUUGAGUGGCUCGACUCCGCGCACGCCAACACGCCAGCCACGCGCGUUCUGCUCAGCGGCACCUCUGCUGGUGGCACUGCUGCUGUGGCCCAUGCUUAUGCGCUGUUGUCCACGCUGGCGCAGCAGCCCUCCCAUGGCACCAACAGCUCACACAGCAACAGCACCAUGGUGUGGCUGCGAGGUGCUCAGCUGCAGCUGCUGGUCGACUCGUCUUGGUUUGUGAACCAGGAUGGCAUCUUGGAGGAGGCCCUGCUCACAAAUCAGGACCUUCUGUCCUUCUAUGCAUCGCCCGGUCGCGUUCACGCAAGCUUGGACGCAUUUGCUGCCAGCGUCACUCAAGCCAACGGCAACGCCACGGGCUUAUCCGUCACUUCCUCAUGGCAGCGAGACUACUUUGCGGCGCUCGCCGACUUGUGUGGUCAAGUGUCGUCCCAAGGCUACCCUGUUCCUUGCUGCGCCGAGGUGCAGUGCAGCCUGCGAGCUUUGCACGCACACAACCCAGCGUUUCCGGUUCUUCUCCUCACGUCUAAAUACGACCCUUACACGCUGUUUCUGGGAUUCAAUGCUGGUGCUGAGGGGGUGAAGCGGUACGAGAGAAUGCUGCUUCAGAGCAAACCAAGCCUGAGCGAAUUGGCUGAGGUGAUGAGUUUCGCGGAAGAGUAUGGCGGUGUUGCCUUGGCACAGGUCAAGCGGGCUAUCCAGCAGGUGUCGGCUCUGAGCGUGUUUGUGUCGCCCUGUUUCCACCACGGAUUUCUCGUCAUGGUUGGAGAUAGGCAGGCAGACGACGGGGUGGUGAGGAAUGGCAUGUUUCAGUUCACCUUCGUCUUGGACAUGUGGCACACAUACUUUGCCAACGGCAAUGUGGCGAUGCCCGCGUUCGUGAACAGAUGGUGGCUGGCAACCAGCCCCGCCACCACGAACAACAGCAACAGCAGCAGCACCGACACUCAGCACUUGCACCUCACAUCUUUCCCGGCGUGUCGAGGGGUGGACUGCGAUCCCAUGUGUCCGCCCGUGCUCAGCAUCCUCACCAGCGAAGACGAGUGGCUAUGGACCGAUGGUUCCCUGUUGCCGAUCCUUUGCAUGGCCUUCUUCAUCCUUGUCAUUGUCGUGCUGUUCAUGUGCAACGUGUGUGCUUGGUACAAGUUUCGCCAGCACCGUACCCUCCUUAAGCAGCUGGUGCACGAGAGCGCGAGCGAGCAAGGCGGGGCACGGGAUACCAUCCACACGCCGCAUUUAGAAGCGUUGGAGGCAGCUGAGCUGUACGAUGCCGACCCUGAUGUGCUGCUGUAUCCCUGGAAGGCACAGCAUCUCAGCAUUGCAAUGUAUGGACUGAACGUCUGGACGCACACGCACAAGCGCCAGCUCCUUCAUGACAUCAGCGCCUUUGUCAACCCUUGGGAAAUGACGGCGAUUCUUGGUCCAUCUGGCUGUGGAAAGACCACGCUCUUGAAAUCCAUGGCAGGGUUGAUCCCGUCCAACAACAGAAACGGCCAGGUGUACGUGAAUGGGCGGCUGUUGCGGACGAGCGAUGAGUACAAAAGCCUUCGCGUGCGCGUGGGGUUUGUGCCGCAAUAUGGCGGUGCAUAUUUCCCGUCUCUGACUGUGAAGGAGAACAUGAUGUACGCUGCCCUGCUGCGCCUGCCAGCCUCCAUGCCACUGAAGUUACGCCUGGCCAAGGCGCUCUCCACCCUCCAUACCGUCGGCCUCGGUGCUCACCUCGACACGAUCGUUGGCAACAAGCACGCAGCAUCUGGCGGUUUGAGCGGAGGACAGAAACGCAAAUUGGCGGUUGCAAUGGAGCUCCUGCUAGACCCGGUUGUCCUGGCCAUGGACGAGCCAACAAGCGGCCUCGAUUCAACCGGUACACUGGACCUAAUUCGGUGGCUGCGGGCGUUUGCUGAGCGCGGAAACACCGUCAUCAUCUCCAUUCACCAGCCGCGCUCGGAGGUGUUCCACAUGUUCCACCGCGUCAUCCUCAUGAAGAACGGGCAUCUGAUUGGAACUGGGGAACCAAGUGCGAUGGUUGAGCUGGCGGGCAAGUGGCGUGACUGCGUCCAGCCACGCAGCGACACCAGCAACGCCAGCAAAUCCAGUACCGAAGCCUCGAGCGCGAACCAGAACCCGGCGGAUCUCAUUCUCGACGAGAUGCAGCGGGAGGAGAAUGAGGAAGCAGUCAUGGCCAGCCUCGAAACAACGGGGGUGCGAAAGCGAGUUGAGCGCGCCAUUCGCAAGGCGGCGGCACGCGUGCGGGAGAUUUGGCUGACGCGGGCACGGGUGCAGUACAGUGCGCCACCAAGCACAGCCGCUUCCUCAUCCUCAUCCUCCUCUGCACUGAUCAGCAGCAAGCACACGGUCGCGCCCGCACUGUCGGCCUCGACACCCGUGUCUUCGACAUCACCAACAGGCAAACGCGGCACGCACUUGUCCGUUCCAGCCCCUCAGUCUCACAGCAAGCGUGUGCGCGAUGUUUACGGCAACAGCAACGACCUAACCAAGAAGCAGUUCCGUGAGAACAAGCACACGAACAGCGGUGGCGACGGCAGCAGCCACGGCAUCAUCAGCACCACUCGUGGUGGUGGUCGGGGUGUGCCCGAUUCACAGCACAGCGGAGACAACUGGCUGAGCAAGAAGUUCACGCUGCGCAAAGGUUGGCGCCAGGGCAACACACACGAAGGGGGCACCGGUGGAAGCACAAUCGCUGUCACCCACAACAUGCACGGCGCCACGGGCUGGUGGUUUUGUGUCCGUGCCCUCAUCAGCAGAUACCAGCGGGAGAUGGCGAGGCAGCUGCGUUCAAACCUGAUGGUGCAGUUGCUGCUGAGCAUGAUCUACAUGUCUUGGCUGUACUUUGAUGCAAACCCGGCGUUUGUACUCGGAAGCACCCACUUCAGCAUCAUGUACACGUUUCCCCUCCUUGUCAACUUCACGUUCUCUGCCAGCCUCAUUAACACAUUCAACGCAUUCCGCCUGGAAAAGAAGCACAAGACUGUCUCGUCACUUCAGGUGGUCGUUGCAUCCUUCAGCUACUUGGCCGCAGUUGCCAUCCCCCUGACGACCAUCUCCAUCGUUGUGAUCUACAUCUGCGCCUUUGGAGGACACGUGAGCGCCGCGCGCCUCACCGCCAUUGCGGUGCUGCAGAUGGAAACGCUUGGAAUCGCGGCGGCGUGGAUGUGCGGCAUGGCCGGUGUUGCGUACCACUUCAACCAGGGCAACGACUUCAUGCUCACCAUGUACUCGGCAUUUGUUGGAAUGGCUGGCGUCUUCAGCGGCUACUUUGUUGGCCCAGCGGACGCGCCACCGCCACAGGAGGCGUUCUACUACAUCUCGCCCUUCUUCUACACGUUUGCUUCGCUGGCGCGCGUGUCGCAGGACGGCGUGCCUUCCAACUGCCACAAAGAGUCGGGCGUCUUACCGACUGCUGCGUGCAUGCUUGGGUCUCCCGCCUACUACCUGGAGGACUUUGGCUUUGACACCAUCCCCGUGGGCGUAUUUCAACUGGCCAUCUUCGGCUUUAUGCUGCUGUUCCUGGGCGUCGCAUACCUGUUCUUGCGUCUGGAAGACCUGGCCAAGGCCGUGCCAAAGGCGCGCGGCGCCAUUCUCCGCAUCAACCGCGUGCACUCGAAGGAGCACGAAGUGCGGAAGCUCGUGACCACGUUUUCCUUCACCGUGCAACCCCGAGACGAUGACAAUGAUCUUGAAGAUCGUGUUCAGCACGGCGUUUGUGGCGACAGCGGAGGAAGUGGCGGGUCCCGCACGCCACUUCUUCGUGCUCGAGGCGGCAGUCGUGCGCGAGGCGAGCAAAAAGACGGCGGAGACGCCAACCAAGCGGCGGACAAGAGAAGCAUGGCAACUACGCCCUCUAGUCAGAGAGCCGACAGCGGAAUUUGUGCACAUGACAACAACGAGAGCAGCAGAACGAGCAGCCAGGAAAGCGCGCAAAUUGCGGAUGAUCAUUCGUCAUUUGUGGUGUACGUUCCAUUGAAGGAGGUAUCGCAGGUGAUGCUGCGAGCGCGGCGACGGCAGAAGCUCUUCCAGGCAGAGAAGAAGCUGCUGCAAGCGUAUGGCAAUGUGAUGAAAGGUCGCCAGCCAAGCCCGGGCUUUGUGCUGUGGGUGCUCAAGUACUGCUACGAUGACAUCUACGUGCAGCACGAGGCUCAGCAGCAGCCAAAGCAUUGGAGUGCAGAGCCGGAGGUCUAG